AUGCUAAAAACAGCGAAAAAACUCAACCUGAGUUUUGUGCCUCCAAAACUAUCAAAAAACCUUAAAAUGCAACUACCCACCUGGUUUCAUCUUGGAGCCCCCCCAAAAACAUACAAUAAAUCAAAAGAUAAAUGCCUUCAAACAAAUCAUGAAACAAACACAAUCAAAGACCUGCUAACAACCAGCAAAAGAAUACAUACCAACACAACAUCACCAAAACACUCGCCUAGGAAAAACUGUGCAUGUCAAGCAUGCAAAACAGAUAGAAAUAAUGGCUGCCUGAACCCACACAAAUGCGCAGCUUCAGCAAACAUGAUACUAAACAAACUAAACCAAAAACUAAACCCACUAGCAAAAUCAAACACGGAUGACCUCACCCUAACACACCACAGAAAAGAAAAAACAACCAAACCUUCACAACAAUGA